AUGGGGCCCUCAGGAUCCCUGCGGCUGGUGCACAGAAGGAACCGGUGUGAAGGGCGAGUGGAGAUGCUCCUGCAUGGGACGUGGAGCCGAGUUCUGGAUGACCAGUGGGACCUGAACGAUGCCAGCGUGGUGUGCCGGCAGCUCCAGUGCGGAGUGGCUGUGAAUUUCACCGGCUCUGCUCAUUACGGGGAAGGCUCUGGGCAGAUCUGGCUGGACGACGUGAACUGCUCCGGGGGUGAAGCUGCUCUCUGGGACUGCCCGGCCAGGCCCUGGGGGCAGCACAACUGCAGGCACGGAAAGGACGCAGGAGUCAUCUGCUCAGACUUUGUGUCCCUAAGGCUGGAGAACAGUGAUGGCUGCUCCGGGCGCCUGCAGGUUUUCUACAAUGGGACAUGGGGGAGUGUUUGUGCCAACUUGAUGACUACAGAAACCACAUCCGUAGUCUGCAGACAGCUGGGCUGUGGAACUGAAGGGUCCAUUGAAACAGUCCAUCAACAGGGCAAUAUAUCUGGGCCCAUAUGGCUGGAUCAUGUUCAGUGUGGGACGAAGAACAGCUCCUUUUGGCAGUGCCCCUCUGCCUCCUGGAACCCACAGACAUGUAACACACAAAAAGAAGAGGCUCACAUCACCUGCAAUGAUAGUCCCCUGGGCAAUGAGAAUGACAGUGGAGGAGUCUCGGUGCCUGUUGUCAUCUGCAUCAUCCUGACGGUCACGCUGUGCCUGGUCCUGGCCUUCCUGGCAGUGCAAGUGCAGAGAGCCAGGGCUCAAUACAGAGCUUCCAGGAAGUCUCUGGAGCCCUUCUCUGAGGCUGUGUACCAGGAGAUUGACUACAGUCAAGUGUGGGAGAAGAAGGCGAGGUUCGGUCGUCCAGGUCUAUCUGACUCUUCCCAGAGGUCCCUGCCGCAGUGCAGCUCCAGCAGCAGCAAGGAAGAGGAGGAAAGUUCUCGAUCAUCUCUAGGUGACCCAGCAGGUGGCUAUGACGAUGCCAGAGAAGUAUCCGACCCUGGAGAGGAUCUUGUUCCUGGGCCGCGAGACUGGGAAGCACCCAGGGAAGCAGAGGAGUGUGCUGGGCUUGAGGAGGCACAGAGAGACAUGGGCUACGAUGAUGCUGAAGAGGCGCCUCCAGUGCAUCCCCAUGAGGACACCGAGGCUGUGAGACUGGACCUUGGUGGAAACAGCCCCUGA